AUGAAGUCCGAGUGCGACGAGGGUUUGCUUCUCGACGGGAUCCUAUCGCAGGCACGCGUGGACGGCUCCGAGAUCCGCCGGCUGCUCUCUCAGUCGCACGUCCGCGCUUCGGACCUCAUCGCCGAGCCGGAGCACCGAGUCGAGGCGAUGCUGCAGGCGUCAGCUGUCCGUAGCAGUUGCAGCCACCACCGCCACUGCGGGCACCGCUCACGCUGCCACUGCUCGCCACUGCAGCGGGCCGGCCUUGUGGUGGGAGACAUCUUCAAGAUCGUGCGUGCGCUGCGCGGCUUCCACUCCGACGGCGGCGGCGGCGGCGGCGCCUCCUCCCAGCCGCAGGGCAAGGCGGCGCGAGGCAGCCGGAACCAGCCGACGAUGCGGUGCGGCCUGAUCGUCUACUCGACGACGGUCCUCAUCGUGACGCUGACGAUCCUCUCCUUCUACCUGCCCGCGAUGAUCUACCACGUCCGCUCGACCAACCACCGCAUGACCCGCUCCACCACCUACUCCACCACCCUGCACGGAGCUGCUCGGAGCCCCUCCCACAGGCGCGGCGACUGGAUCAUGGAGCUCGCGCUGCGCAACAAGCUGAUGUACGCGACGCUGCACGACUACAAGACUUGGUGGAGCACCGAGCUCGCCGCGUGGAACAAGAUCCCGCUCCUGUACGUCCUGAUGCACCCGGAGUCGCCGGUGACGCAAGGCGUGGAGUGGCUGCUCUGGAUGGACGACGACGCAAUCUUCACAGACAUGAACUUCACGAUGCCCCUCGAGCAGUACGACCGCAUCAACCUCGUCAUCUGGGGCGACCCGCAGAGAGUCUACCGCGCCAACGACAUCCAGGGCCUCAACACGGGCGUCUUCCUGCUCCGCAAGUGCGAGUGGUCCCGCCAGCUGAUGGCGGAGGUGGCCGCGCUCGCGACGCCGAGCAUCCGGAGGCAGAUUGGGAACAAGGGGCGGAUCGCCGAGCAGGGCGCGCUGACGUGGGUGCUGCACUCGCAGGCGGGGCCGCCGGGGGCGGAGAGGUGGAAGGAUCGCGUGCAGCUCGAGCGCAACUUUACGCUCAACGGCAACUGGAUGGACUAUGCCAAGAAGUGGGUGCCGGGCAAGCCAAAGCUGGCGCUGCCCGUGUGGGGCAACGACGCCAUCCCCUUCGUGGUGCAGUACGCCGGCUGCCAGAUGUGCCGCGGCCACUCGGAGAACGGCUCGUGGCACGACGGCGGCGUGCUCUCGCUGCUCGGCUUGCGCCACCUGACGAUGGACACGCACCUCGUGCGGGCGAGCGCGGGCUCGGAGCUCUACCAGCGCCACCAGCGGAUGACGCGCUGCCUGCCCUCCUUCCUCGUCAUCGGCACGCAGAAGGGCGGCACCUCCUCCUUCCACUUUCUGCUCAAGUCGGGCUGGCACGACGCCGUCCGCGUCAACAGCGGCGAGAAGGAGAUCCACUACUUUUCGUGGGACGACCAGUUCCGGCAGGGCCCGCUCACCUACCAGCAGCGCUUCGACGGCUCGGGCGACCGGCUGGGCGAGUGCGCCGAAGAAACCAAGCUGCGCGGCGAGGUGCUGCUGCGCGAGCCCGUCGCGCGACUCGUCUCCUCCUUCAACAUGAAGUGGCAGGUCGAGAUCUGCGGCAAGCUCACCUGGUCGCGCACCGACUGCUACAACGGCGUCACCUCGAUGCGGGUCAUCAACGAGAACAACGUGGCGCCCAAGCAGCGCGCCGCCGCCGUCAAGGUUUGGAACGAGUGCUCUGUCGACAAGAAGGGGCUCGACCACGACUGCUUGCGGCGCGACUUUGUCGACAAGCUGAGCGCCGCCAUCAGCGACGAAGAGAGGCGGCUGGGCGAGUGCGCCAAGCCCGGCGCCUUCGAGGAGCUUGGGUCCUGCCUCGGCGUGCAGGGGCUCGAGCAGGCGAAGCUGUACGCGCUGAUGGAAGGCGCGCUCUUCCUCUACCGGUCGAUGUACUCGGAGCACCUCGCCAAGUGGCUCAAGGCGCGGCCCUCCUCGCCCCUCACGCCCCCCUCCCCAUUUGGCCCCCCUCUCCUCCCUCUUCCGCGCCUCGCCGCGACGGCGUGCGGAGCCGCCCACGGCAGCAGAUGCGACGUCGUCCUCGUGCACAACGACCUCAUCUUCAAGUCGUCGCCGGCCGCGAAGGGCGUCGGCUCCGACGGCCACGUCCACGAGAAUGGGAGGACGUACAUCGCCGAGGCUCCCGCCGACCUCGCCGAGAAGAUCCACAAGAUCCUCUGCCCGAAGAACCAGGAGCUCGCGCAGCUCCUCCUCGACAAAAAGCUCAUCGCAGAGGCGGCCACGCCCCGGGGACCGCCAGCCGCGAUCAGCUCAACUCCAACCCCGCCCCCUUCUCCGUCAGCAGAGCAGCUUGCGGCGAAAGUGCCGGCGGCGGCCGAGCUGCUGGCGGCGGCGGAGGCGGACCCGGAGGCGGAGGCGGAGGCGGAGGUGGAGGCGGAGGCGGACCCGGAGGUGGAGGCGGAGGCGGAGGUGGAGGCGGAGGCGGACCCGGAGGUGGAGGCGGAGGCGGAGGUGGAGGCGGAGGUGGAGGCGGAGGUGGAGGCGGAGGCGGAGAAGACUUUCGAGAAGAUUGGCCAGACCAUCGACUUUGAUGAGACCACACCUGACGGGCCGGCGCUCAAGAUCUUCUAUGAGACGCUGAUGCAGCAGCGGCCCGACAGCGCGAUGGCGGCGGAGUGGCUGCUGAAGCGCGGGAUGCUGGAGGACGACGACGCGCAGGCCUGGCUCAAGAAGCUUGGAAAAUCCGCCAAGGCUGGUGGCAGUGGUGCGUCGAAACCGAGAAGGAAAGCGGGCGACGACGACUUCGAGGCUGCGCCUGCCAAGAAGGCUAAGGCGGGCCAAAAGAAGAAGCCGCAGCGCAAGAUUGAGCGCGAGCCGGACUCAAGCGACGACGAGGCGUUCUCUGCGGCCGCAAAGAAGCCGCCGCCGCCGAAGAAGGCGGCGAGCAAGGAGAAGAAGCCGCCCCCCGUCAAGAAGGCGGCGAGCAAGGAGAAGAAGCCGCCCCCCGUCAAGAAGGCGGCCAGCAAGGAGAAGGCGACGGCCAGCAAGCAACAAGCCAACAAGCCGCCCCCGGACUCGUCUGACGAGGAGGACCAGCCCCUCUCGCAGAGAAAGCAAAAGUGA